GCUCGGCUGUGGCGGCAGUCGAGCCACGGGCCAAAGAGUUUGCCUUCAGCUGCGGCGUUGUCACAAGAAAAGUGUGUUUGUUUAUUGACGUGCGUGCGAGUCGGAGGACUUAAAAGGAAAUUUCUACUUUUUCGUCUGAGAGCAGCACGAAGAAUCGGUCCAGGCUGGAGGUUCUAGACAGCGAGGUUUGGCUGGCUGAAAUGGCCGCCGAGGUGGCCGCCGUGGAGAGCAGCGCCGGCCACCGGCAGCUCAUUCAGGAGAUGCGGGCUCAAAAUCUGGACAUGAUCCGCUUCGCCUCUUACAGGACCGCCUGCAAACUGCGUUACGUACAAAAGAAAACGAACCUGCACAUCAUCGACAUUUGGAACGUUAUCGAAGCCUUUCGGGAGCAUGGCCUAAACACUUUGGAGCCCCAGGCUGAGGUCAACGUGUCCCGGCUGGAGACGCUACUGUCCAGCCUGCUGCACAACCUGAACAAGAGACUGCCGGCGCCACAACAGGUGCAGGUCGACGCGUGCUCCUCUCUUUUGCUCAACUGGCUGCUCGCCGCGUACUCUGUAGAAAAUGUGGGUCGCAUCAGAGUCUUCUCAAUUAAGGUCGCGUUAGCCACCAUGUGCGCCGGCAAGUUGAUGGAUAAAUUACGAUAUAUUUUCUCGCAAAUUUCCGACGGCAACGGCCACAUGCUGCAGAUACGCUUCGCAGAGUAUUUGCAGGAGGUGCUGGCGCUGCCCGCUGCCGUCUACGAGUCGCCCUCGUUCAGCUACUCGGACAUGCUUGAAACUUCCAUUUUCAACGGGGCGUCGAAGGUGACGGUGAACGACUUCUUAGAUGUGAUGAUGUCUGACCCAGGACCGCACAGUCUCGUUUGGCUGCCCCUGUUACAUAGACUAGCAAGUGUGGAACAAGUGGUCCAUCCCAUGAUUUGUGAUGCGUGUCAGAGGGACAACUUCACCGGGUUCAGAUACCGGUGCCAGAAAUGCCACAACUACAACCUUUGCCAAGACUGUUUCUGGAGAGGCAGAAUUUCGGGCCAGCACACCAACGAACACGAAGUCAAGGAGUACACGAGUUACUCGCCGAGCAAGCAAAUCGGCCAUUCGCUGAGAAAGUCGUUCAGGUGCGUUCCUGAGAAGGGCCGGAACAACAUUCCAAGAUUUCCCGACGAGCCCGAGAAAACCCUCAAUCUUUCGCACAUUGUUCCUCCAUCACCUCUGCCAACUCACAAUGGAUUUCCAGAAGGCUCCUCAUUUUCCGGAGCCUUUGACGUCGGUUCUAUGGACAGCAGAUCCACACAUAGAAGUUUCAGCCCUCUGUGCUCAAGUCCAAGCAAAUACAACACAACGUCACUGGACUCGGCUCGCCUGGACGACGAACACAAGUUGAUUGCCCGGUACGCAGCUAGGCUGGCUGCCGAGGCUCGCUCGGCUUCGCAACACAUUCAAUGGAUUAUGCCUCUUCACGAUUUCAUAAACCGAGCGCCCUCCGAAGCCAACCUGAGUCUGGACACCAGCAGAGCUCAGCGGGAACUGAUUCAGCAGCUGGAGUCCAAGAACAGGGAAAUUAUGAGAGAAAUCGCCAGACUAAGAAGACAACAGGAGUUGGAAACGGCUGGGAUGAACGCCAGUGCUGAAGAGAAUCCUGCUUUGAUGGCUGAACUAAGGGCUCUCAGACAGCGGAAGGGAGAGCUCGAGGGCCACUUGACAGCCUUGCAGGAUUCCAGAAGGCAACUCAUGGUGCAGCUUGAGGGUCUGAUGAAACUUCUGAAGAACCACCAACCAUCGCCCCGUUCGACGCCAAACUCGUCGCCGCGGUCGACCAAGUCUCCGCCGCUGCCGACCAGCGGCAUGCCAAUGACGGGCAGCCUUCCAUCGUCGUCGUCGCGCUCGGCGCCGGCCACACCGGGCGUGCUGUCCAGCUCGAUGAGCUCAAUGAACACCGUCGGGCCUGGCGGCAUGGCCGACUCGCUGGCUGGGGACGUGCGGAGCGCCUUCGGAGGUCAGCAGGGCCCGCCGCCGCCGCAGCGCAGCCUGCGCAACGACCUGCUGGUGGCCGCCGACUCAGUCACCUGUGCCAUGUCCACGCUGGUCAGGGAGCUCAACUCAGAAGGGUCAGAUCAGGACGAAGAGCCGAAACGGCCGAUCAUCAGAAAACCCCUAGACUUUGAGGGCGAUGACGAGGAUCAGGACGAGCUCUCGAGUCGGACGGCCAAUGGCAGCACCGUCCUCUGGAGGGAGGAAAUGCACAAGCGAUUCCAGCAGGAGCAACUCAUGGCCGAGUUGCAGGCCAGGAAUCUUGGGAACAAUGGAGAUUAUGCAGGCGAUAAGGAUGAUUUUGAUGACGAUGAUACCGAUGUUUUCGGACAGAAUUUACAAGCUCUCUUGAGGAGUCAGAGGGAGGAUAACAGUCAGAAGGAAAAUGGAAACGCCAGCACGGCCGACUGGGAGGACGCCAUGAAGCGCUGGGCGACCAACCGAUAAGUGUGGUUUUAACGUGUUUAAGAGCCGCCAUUGGCCGAUUUUAAUGCUAAGUUUUUCUCUGGACUAAGUCAAACGCUCGUGCAAGUCGUUAAUUUGUGUCAAAGUUUGGAACCACAGCUGCGCCUGAAUUUGUUUAUGAGCACAAGUAAAUGCAGGAGGCCGCAAUUGUAGAGCACGUAGGACCAUGUACAAAAGUUGACUCAUCUUUUCUGUCAUUUGCUUCACCGCUAUUUGUGUCGUGCAACAUUCCAGCUAAUAAAAGAGGCGAAUUUAAAAUCUGACCAACAUAUAAA